CGAUUGUGGGUAACCUAGGGUUACAUCCACCGAUCGAAAAAAAUCGACGUCCGCUCGCUAUGACCCCGAUCGACGAGGCACGACGCGAAAAAACCGACGCAACGCGUGCGUCGCUGCGCGUGCGAAAAAUACCGGGAUCGAUAUUCGUGUCGGAAAGCAAAAUGGCCGCGCCGCCUGGUCGAGGGCGGAGAGAAAAAACGAGGAGAUAAUUCGACGGGAUACAGCAGAAAGAUGUUUCGCAAAUGAUCGACGACCCCACCUGGACCCCUGGAGUUAUGCGUAAGAGGGUGUCCGUCGGUUCUCAGACGUCGAACGUCGGUCGGCUGAAUUUCGUCGUCGUCAGGGCGGUGCAGGAGGCCUUCAGGCAAUUCUCCAAGAGUUCCAGCUUGUGCGGCUACCGCUACUUGACCGAGGGUUCCGCCUUGGAAAGAUUCAUAUGGCUGCUGAUCCACCUGACCUCGUUGAGCUCCGUGAUAUACCUGAAUCUGUACAUGUGGCAGAUGUUCAUAACGGAUCCCACGAUAGUGACGCUGGAAAAGUUCACCCUUCCCAUCAGAGAGGUGCCCUUUCCCGGCGUGUCCAUCUGCAACAUAAACAGGAUCAGCAAGAAGGCGGCCUACGCGAUGGCGAAAGAAUACGCCGACAGAUCGUCGGAGAACUUGUCGUACAUCUUCGAGGACAUCAAGUUCCUGGGGAAACUGUACGAUUUCAGCUUUUCCGACCAGGAGGAGGAGUCGAUCAUGAGGUUCCAGAAGUUCCUGGAGGAGUACGAUCCGGACAGACCGCAGGAGUCGCUCAAGGGCGAUUUCGACGUGUUGAACAAGAUGAGCCAGUUACAGUUAGCCGGAGAUUGCGUCGAGAUGCUGUCGGACUGCCGAUGGGGCGGUUUCAACAGGCCCUGCGCCGAUCUCUUCAUCAACGAGCUGACCAUGGACGGGUUCUGCUGCGUCUUCAACUACUUCAACAAGAACAAUCCCAACGUGUCCAAGAUUAUAAGGCAGGAGAACGACAACAGGACGCUGCACUCGACCAAGUUCGGCAGAAACUUCGGGCUGACGUUCAGGGUCAACACCAACAUAAGCGACUACUUCUACUCGCCGAUAGCCACCAUGGGUUCGAAAAUACUCAUCACUUCGGCCGAGGAUUUUCCGGACACCACUUCGGGGAGUCUCAUAGAGAAAUUGGUCCCCAUCGGGGUCGAGGCCAAUCUGGAGCUGACCGCCCAGAGCAUAUACACCGUUUACGAGGCUAAGAAGUACUCCAUCGCCAAGCGCAACUGCAUAUUCAAGAACGAGGUGCGCACCAUCUUCGGCGACUACUCGCAGAGCGACUGCAUCAUGGACUGCAAAAUAAGGAGCGUGGCCGCGCUCUGCGAGUGCGUCUCCUUCAUGCACACCAAGGCGGCCUUCUCGGGCUUCGGCUACCAGUGCACCCUGGCCGACCUGGCCUGUCUCAGCAAGUACGCGGCCAAAUGGAGGCAGAUCUAUCCGAGGGACUACGCGGACGACGGUCUGGAACGCGAGAAGCAGGACGCGUUGAACUGUCGCAACUGCUACCCGGAAUGCGACACGUCCCGGUACUUCGUCAACAGCGAGCAGGGUAACAUCGCCGGGGACGAUCUGAACUACAGCAUCGUGAACAUAUUCUUCGAGACGCCUUACGUGGAGCAGCACAAGCAGGAUGUUGUAUACUAUUGGUUCGACAUGAUCAGUAUGUUCGGAGGGAUAUGCAGUCUGAUCAUGGGAAUCAGCAUCAUUAGUUGCGUAGAAGUGGUGAUCUUUUUCACUUACAAGAUCAUCGAGAAUAUUUAUAAGUUUUCUAGGUAGUUUUUAGGUUACAGUUCUCUUGUAGGCAUGUUGAGUUUGAAUAAAUCUAUAAAUUGAAAUGGUUGUUUAUUACUUAGGUAUUACUUCAUGAAAAUGAAGUUCGUUAUUAGGCCUUCAUUUGAUGUAAUCAUCGACUUUAAAUUGCGAAAUUAAUAACUGUAAAGAAGCGAACGGAGUGGCAUCUAUCAUUACGAUAAAAGCGCAGAUCGAGGGAGAGAUAUCGACCGUAUGGUCGUAAAUAAACGUCGUUACGUCUCGAAAAUCGAAUCAUCGCGAUAUCUUUUCAUCGUUCCUCCCCGACCUGAUCGUCCGAGAAUUGAUGCAAUCAAAGCGUACAUCCCGACUAACAACAACAACAAGUUGAUUAAAGAGCCGACGUUCUCACAGUAUGUCCGCCGAGAGGCUGAUCGACACGGACAGCACACACUCUUCCAAUAUCGCGAUUAUUGGGAUGAUCCCGAGCCGCGACUCGAUUGUGUUUUCGCAGCGGAAAAUCUAAUAACGGCCCGUGUGGCCCGCCGAGAGAUCGCGCCUAAUCAAAUCAGCGUCGCGACAAAUGAAUAGCAGCGCCGUCGUCGUCCCGGUAACGCCAGACAAUGGGGACAAUGCCUAUUCGAUCCACCCGCUGGCAAUUACGCCAGAUCCGUUGUCUUUUCGGGCGCAGGGCAGUACUGCCGGUGGGAAAGGGGUGAGUUUUCGCGAAAUAGAUGAACUGGGACGUUUCCUAUGUAAAAUUCCAAAAAAUGGCUCAAUUUUCAUUUCCUACUGUGGACACCUUGUCAAUACUCUUAAAUAUCGAAGGGGUUGCUUUUUUCCAUGUUAUCCAUAGGCGCCCCAUCAUCCUAACAUGUCAGGUGCCUGAAGAACGUUGAAGGAGACCCUACUUACUGGUACGAUUCAUUUGGCAACUUAUUCCUUGUAUUUGUUAGAAGAACCAACUUCAACAAGCUUUAUACUCCCAUAACGACGCAUUUCCUGCUCUCCACUCAUAUUUUUUGCCCAUAUUCAGUCCUGUAGAAAGAAAAAUAAUCAUUUCAGAUAA